AUGCCCCCUUCCGACGCUGAACUAGCCACUCAAACUCUAGCUGAAGAAAGCCAGUAUAGGUUUUCGUCGUUCGAUGCCAGCGAGGCACUUACUCUGGGCCUGUCUAUUAGAAAACGCUUUCGCUCUUCAUCGCGCCAUGCAAAGGGGAAGGGCCUAGUCAUUUCUAUCCAAACGAUCGCUGGUCAUACACUCUUCUCAUGCACCGUCGGCGACUUGGGGCAUCCCGCAGGGGUGGGGGACGUGUCGUUGGACAGCUGGAGUUGUUUGGAGGGCAUGAUCACCGUCGUCAAAAGAACCGGCCAUUCAAGCUUCUAUGUCGAGAAGGGAAUGAGUGCCAUGGGCAAGACACCGAAGCAAAUGGGUAUUGAAAGCGAUCUUCGCGUCAACGGAGGAGCGUUUCCGAUCUGGCUAGAGAAUGCGCCCUGUUGUCCCAUUGCUAUCGCCGCUGCCUACUCAGGUUCUUCCCAAGAUGAUCACAACCUCGUGGCCACUACCAUCAGAGACUACCUAGCGAAACUGCGAAGAAACAGCCAGCUCGAACCCUAUCCUCCUACUCUCCCCGAGAAGCCCAUGUCGAGGGUUACUCGUACCAUGGACCACGAACAGAGCACCGUCCACCCUCAGUCCGAGUGGGCAGGAGACCGAUCCGAAUUGGACCCUUCCAGGCGGGUCGAAUCUCCAUAUGACCACAGGGAAGAUGACGAGUCUCAAAUUCAUCGCCAAUGA